CACUGUCAUCGCUGAGUAUCUACGAGCAGAGAUACAUCAAUUGUAGUUAUUCUCCAACCAAAUAAGUAUCUAGUCAUAUCCUCUCCAAUUUCUAAUACCAACUUUGAAAAAAAUUGCGGAUUUCAGCAAUUAGGAACUUGUGUUGAAGUUUUACCUGCGCACAAUAACAAAUUGAGUUUCUUGAACAUUUUAAACAAAUUGUCGACUUGUGCAUAUGUUGGAAUAUGAGUAAUUGAACCUGGCAUAAAGAAUUCCAGAAAAUAGUUGAAUAUGAAGAGCUGGAACUAUUUUUCGAAAUUUUUUGGCCAGUAUUAUUCGCUUUUCAUUGCUUUUGUUGCCCAUUCAGUCUUCUUCACAAUAUGUGUGUCAGCAGCAUGGACCUCGCCAGUUCUAGCCAAACUGAGCGAGACCGAGGACAAUCCCCUGGGGAGGCCCUUGGAUCCAGAAGAAAGCGAUCUGAUUGGUUCCCUGUUCUACGUUGGAGCUUCUAUUGGUCCUGUGCUUUGUAUCUUCACUGUGGAGACCUUUGGUAGAAAGAAGAUGCUAGCUGUGCUAUCUGCCAUAACUCCUAUCUCCUUUGCAAUCGUAGCUUUUGCAGAAGACGUUGAGCUAUAUUACUUCAUCAGGAUUGCUCUGGGAUUGUAUUCAGGUGCAGCCUUAAGCAUAGAGCCUGUUUACGUUUCUGAGAUAGCUGGACCAGAAGAGAGGGAGUUUCUUAUGUCUUGCAUCAGCAUGUUCAACUUUGGCGGAAUUCUGGCAGCUUACGCUAUAGGUCCUUUCAUACCUCUAUUUUAUUUCAACAAUCUGAUAGCAGUAUUUUGCUUAGUUCUCGUCAUCUUACUGGCUUGCGGGUGUCCUGAAAGUCCUUAUUAUGUAAUGCAGACUAAAGGUAAAGAGGAAACUAGGGUUCUAUUGAAGGAACUACGAACAGGAGAUAUCGAAAACGAACUUGAAGAUAUAGAAAAAACUGUGAAGAACCUAAACAAAUAUUCGUAUUUCGAAAUUUUCAAAUCAACCAAACAUUUCAAGCCUUUUUUUCUGGCUACUAUGCCAUUAGUUCUGCAACAAUAUUGUGGUAUCACUUUGAUUGUAACCUACAAUCAACUGAUAUUUCUACAGACCAAUGUCUCUAUACCUUCCCAUAUUUGCUCAAUCAUCGUUGUUAGCCUUGAGUUAUCGACAUCUUUUAUAGCUCCAUUACUGCUCAAAUCUAAAAGGUUCACUCAAAGAUCUUUGCUGUUCUUGAGUUUCACUGGAGUUGGUUUGAGUAAUUUGCUCUUAGGUUUAUUCUUUUUGUACGGCAAAGAAGUAGAUGUACUUAACUGGUUACCUCUCGCAGGUCUUAUAGCCUUUGUUAUUUUCUAUAACUGUGGUUUAGAUCCAAUACCAUGGAUCACUCUUGGACAAGUUUAUCCUAUGAAUAUAAACACUGUAGGAAGCUCUUUGUCAUCCAGUAUCUAUUUCAUUUCUGUAUUCCCAGUUUUAUAUUUAUUCAACAAAGUUGAUUUAAGCUAUCUGUUUUUGAGUUCUGCUGUUAGUUGUUUUGUAGGAAUAUUUUAUGCUGGAUUCAUUUUCAAGGAGACAGUUCUUAAAAAAGAAGAAAAAGCCUGAUGUCUCAAAUUGUUGCAUAUGUUCCAACUGAUGUUCUGUGAUAGAUAGGUUUAGUUUUAAUAUUUCAAUUCUAUUAUAUUUUGAAAGAGUAGGUAUAAUAGUUUCAUCAUCUGAAAACGAAAAAUGUAAAAUCUAAGAAUAAGUAUCAAACAUCCUGAUCAAUUUUUAUAAUAUUGACGAUUUGUAUUUAAAAUGGGUUUUUACUUCUUAUUGCAUUCAAAUGAAUUCUGAAAAAACUUCAAAAUAUAUUACCAAAUAUCUUAAUGACCUUGAUUCUUUGAACGUGAUCAGAUAGAAUGAAGUGAACAAAAAAUUGAUGGGAACUCGAAUAACCGUCCAUACUUUUAACUACAUAUUUUCAAUAAGAAUUUAUAAUAUACGUAAAAAGAUUGAGAAGAAAAAGUGAUAUUGUAUCCUAUAAUUAAGACUUUAUUUGCAUAUGAUAAACUCGAUCUAGUGGUUCAUAGAACUUUAAACAGCUUUGUUAACAUGAUCUUUUGAUGGUCUUUAUUACAUAUUGAUGAGAAUAAACUUAUUGAUUCAA